CUUUACGCGCGUGACAUGCGAUGGAUGCCAGCACGCGGGUCAUGGUUGCCAGUGCCGCGCUGCAGUCCCGAAUGUCCAUUCCUUUAGCCCGCCGCGAUGGCACCAUGCAUCAAUACAAACUCGUCGACUCGACCACCAUGUCCAAGCAGCAAGCUGAUCGCAACAGGAUUAUCGAAGAAAUCGAAGCGAAGCGAGCAUCCAAACGAGCUGCAGCGAAGAUGGUGCACCCGUUCGAAUCGGCCCUGAGUGUUCAUGGCAACAAACCUCGUUUCAAGCCAUCUGGGCCAAGGCAACCCCUCCACAAGUUUCCAUCUGCACCACGAUGGAGCAAUAAUGACGAAGAUAUUCCAUCGGACGACGACGUCGACGACUCCCGAGUCGAGUCCCACCGGCGACAUCACGCUACGAAACCAGAUGAGAAAGUGUACAUCCAAGAGCUCGAAAACGAAAUCGCGCGACUAAAACAAGCGCCGCCAGCCUCCUAUCAAGAAAGUGUCGACGAACAAGUAUUGCAGCGACUAGCUGAGUUCAAAGCGGCACAACAACGAGACCUAGCCGUGGUUGAGCGGCUCGUCAAAGCUAAGAAGGCAGCCGACGCUCAGAUCCACCACCUCCAGCAGAAGCUUCAGUCUACAAGCCCACUGAGUGGCCAUUCGUCACCUCAGCACCGCGGCAAGCAAGACAGCGUGAGGCCACCCACGAGCAGUCACAUGCCACAACAGCACCUCCGUUAUUCCGCGCAACAGCAUACUUCAUCGCGCCUGCAGGGGAAUCCAACAUCGAAACCAGCCACCUCUUUCCCACGUCCUACGACUCUCCAAGUUCGGGCAGAUGACGACCACCAUGCCUACGACAAUGGCGAAGGCGACGAAGCAGCGCCUCCUCCGUUCGACACGGGCCCUCGUACAGCAAGCUCAAUAGGGGAGCCUCCAGGACUUGGCGACCUGAACGAACCUUCGACGAAGCCAACUGCACAAUCUUCCAACGCGUCGCAAAUGCAUGACCCGGCACCCCAACGUGAAAUAUCACGUCGACCUAAGUCGCCUUCAGCGUGGGCCACUCGUGUGACCAAAGCGAAGAGCCCAACAGCAGGACUGGCUUCGUGCGCAAGCGACAACGACCAUUCUUCCACGAACCAUCGAAAGGGUGGAUUCUUUGAACAAAAGGAGAAAACCAAGCAAGAACAACUGAACCAGGAACGACUUGCCCAGGAGAAGCUCGCUCGAGCGCACCGCGCUAAGCCGCCAAAAGGCCUGCUGGCGAACGAAGCCAAGCUCCUUGAGCGAAAGCAAAAACGCGUCGAAGAAAUAUUACAAGAAGAGGAAGAACGGUGCGCCCCGUUUAAGGCCCGCGACGCGCCGCCUGCGACGGAGUUCGACCCCGACUUGCUUGAAUAUUUGCGCAAGGAGCGUGUUGCGGCGCGAGCUGCAGACCUCCUUGCGUCCAGCAAGCUGCCGAGUCGGUUGGCUGACGCCGCAGCCAAAGCCAAACCAAAAGCGUCCCCGACACCCCGCCGCGUGCGCAUCAAGGCCGCGCCAGUUCCAGAUUUUGUUAUGAUGCAAACCGAGUGGAAAGCAUCCCUGCAACGAGCCAAGUUGAAGUUGAACAGCACGCGAGUCGAUGCAUUCUCGGUGACGGACCCUGCCAAACUCGCCGCACUCCAGAAGAAGAAGCAGGAGCGAUUGGAGCGCCAGAAGCUCAAGGAUGAAUCUGCGCGGACGGCAGCGGAAGCCGAACGCAAGCGCGCGUACGACAAAGCCAUGGUAGCAGCCAAAGAACCAGCUCAGGUCGUCGAGACGGAGGCCCAGAAGCUGCGCACGAAAGCAGUUCAAUCCAAACUCAAGCAACGACAGCUCCAGGAAAAAGCUGAGGAGAGAGCUCAGCUGAAGCGCAUGGCAAAGAUCAAACAGCUUUCGAAACAAGUCAAGGCCGAAGUCACGAACCUGGAGAAGCAGCGGCGCGCGGAGAAGGGCAAUUUUGUGGUAAUGUUCAUCGAUGGUUGCCAACAUGCAUCCUCUCAGCAUCGAGGCUCGAGCAGGACCCAGAAGAAGCGGCGAAAGCCAAAGCUGAAGAGAACAAACGGUCAUUUCAAGAGGCGAUCCAGCGCAAUAAAGAGCGCAUUAUGGGGGCAGUCGCGGCGCGGCCAACACUCAUGGAGCGGUUCGCCAUCGACAAGAAGAAGGAUGAGACCAAGCGACAAGCGUUGGCGGCGGUCGUGUCGAAUGUGUUUGGGAAGAACAUCGCAGCGUUCAAAGGCGUGUUGACGGACGGCGAGGAAGACCUUGUCGAUGCCAUGAACGUCACGAAGAAAGACGACGCUGGCGAUGACGACUACGCCGACGACACAGAGUCGUAGCCUUAGGCCGUGCAGCUGAUUUUCAAUACACAUCGAGGCACCGACGCAGUCGAAUGCUGUCGUCCUGCUUGCUGCGGUACCCCUCGUUCUCCGAACAUGACACUCCCAGACCCAGG